GAAAUUCUGAAAAUAUGAAGUAGAAAAGAACCGGCAAUUGAACUGCAUUGGAAUUUGUAAACAAUUUGAAGUGCAUAUGUUCUGCACAGCUUAGUACAUGUACAGUCCAGUAUUAAUGCGUGAGUGCCGGAAUAAACUAAUCUAAUAAUUUACUACUCUCAUUGCCUGUACCGAAACAUUUUACCAGCAUUUUAACCAGAGUUUUAACAUUUUUACCUUUUAUAGGUUAGAAUUGUCCAUCAUAGCCUAUAGGUUUUCAAACCUAAGAUUAAUUUAAUUUCAACUGAUUAUCGAACUAUAUUAAAACAAGUACCUACAUUAAAAUCAUGGUUGUCUUAUCAAGUUUUUCUGCGCCUACUGUGGGUGUAAGACAUGUACAACCUUCAACUACACUUUAUGUAAGGGGUAGAGAAGUUGGUGUUGGAACUCUUUACAUAUCUGAAAGCAAUGUGGCCUGGAGAAAUGAUUCGUCUGGAGAAGGGUUGACACUGUCCUACCCUACCAUAGCAGUCCACGGAAUCUCCAGAGAUGUCGAACAACUGGGCGCUGAAUGUUUGUAUGUUAUGGUUGAUAGCUGUCUGGAGGAAACCAACUCUGACGAUGAAGAGAAUGGAGACGGAGAUGAUGCUGACUCAGGUGGUACAACAGAGAUGAGGUUUGCACCUGCUGACAAAGCCCAGCUGGACUAUAUGUACCGAGCAAUGUCGUACUGUCAGGCCCUCCAUCCAGAUCCCAAUGACUCUCCACAGAGCGAGGAGGAAGACGAUGACGAAGAAGGUAUUUUCACUAAAUGGUGUACAAAAAUAACUAUGAGCAAUAUGAGGAUGCAGAAGAUGAGGGAGAGGAUCUAUUUCGCUGGUGGAGAUGGUCCUUACAUUGAAGGCCACCAUGACGAAGGGCCGUCGAAUGGUGCAAGAUUAGGGGAGGAAGAAAUGGAGAUGGAUGGCCAAUUUGAAGAUGCCGAAGACGACUAGACUACUUUUUGAACUCUAUUGAUGACGAAAAGACUGCAACGUAAAUUCAAUAAAUUAUGUUCAGUUACUGAUAUUUUACUACAUUAUUUUCCUCUUAACGUAUCAAUAGUUUGUAAGACAAUGUUUUGUAGAUGAUGUGAUAUAAAUAUUUAAUAAAAAAAUUUUAAACCGA